GGCCUCCUCCUAAUUACUCCAUCACACGUUUCCACUUUCUCUUUCCCUCUCUACUCUUUCUCUGUCUCGUCUCCUUUCUUAUUUUUUCAAAAUUUCUUCCCUCACAAUUUGCAAUUUCCUUUAUGGACUUUUCAACUUCUCUCCAAUUCAGUCCUCCUGGUUGACAAUUCUUUGGUAAAAAAGAAAAAUGUGUUUAUCGAAACGAUCUUGAUUGAAAAGGAGGCUUUCAUUUUGUUUUAUGAACAAAUGAUUCUGCAAUUGUCUUCUUCUGCGAGUUUCAAUUUCUCGCAGAAGACAGUUAUCAUCCCUCAACUUUGUCCAUGUCAAGCUUUCACUAAUCAAAAUCUAAAGUUUCCUUUCUCUAAACGAAGAAGAAAAAAGAAUUUCUCCACUAUAUUCAGCUUUCGCGCGUGUUUAAUCCCCGCGGAUAGCAGGAACAAUAAUUUGAGCGUUGAAUUCUCCAAUUCAACGAGGCGAGGAGCCAGAAACUAUGUGGCUAAACAAAUUUCAAACGAAUUGGAGAUGGAAAAAUCUUCCUCAGCCAUCCAAAUGGGUUCAAAUUUCACCAACUUUCAAGAAGACCCUAUUGUGGAUAAACUAAGAACUCAAUUAGGAGUAAUUCAUCCGAUACCAUCUCCUCCGGUCAAUCGAAACAUUGUAGGUUUAUUCUUUUUCUUUUUCUUUGUUGGGGUAAUUUUCGAUAAAGUCUGGACUUCAAGGAAGAGAAACAACAAAUUGAGGAAUGAUGAGAAGCUACGUGGUGGGGCGUGGCCUCAGGUUCCUACUAGCUUUUCGUUGUUCUUGGAGAAGGAUUUGAUGAGAAAAGAGUCCGUGGAAUGGGUGAACAUGGUGUUGGGGAAGUUGUGGAAGGUUUAUAGAGGUGGAAUUGAGAAUUGGAUAAUUGGGUUGUUGCAGCCAGUUAUUGAUAAUUUAAAGAAGCCUGAUUAUGUUGAAAGAGUUGAGAUUAAGCAGUUCUCAUUAGGAGAUGAGCCAUUGUCCGUCAGAAAUGUUGAGCGUAGGACUUCACGUCGGGUUAAUGAUUUGCAGUACCAAAUAGGCCUUCGUUAUACUGGUGGUGCUCGCAUGCUCUUAAUGCUCUCACUGAAAUUUGGUAUUAUCCCCCUUGCUGUGCCAGUUGGUGUACGGGAUUUUGAUGUUGAUGGGGAGCUAUGGGUUAAGUUGCGAUUGAUACCAACAGAGCCUUGGGUGGGAGCUGUUUCAUGGGCUUUUGUUUCACUUCCCAAAAUCAAAUUUGAAUUGUCACCAUUCCGCCUGUUUAAUUUAAUGGCAAUUCCUGUUCUGUCAAUGUUUUUGACUAAACUUCUCACUGAGGAUUUGCCUCGAUUAUUUGUACGUCCAAAGAAGAUAGUUUUAGAUUUCCAGAAAGGAAAAGCAGUUGGCCCGGUUGCUAAUGAUUUCAAAUCAGGGGAAAUGCAAGAAAGGAACAAGGAUUUUGUUGGAGAACUAUCUGUGACACUUGUAGAUGCCCGAAAACUCUUUUAUGUUUAUGGCAAAACAGAUCCAUAUGUUGUUCUAAACUUGGGGGAUCAAAUUAUAAGCAGUAAAAAGAACAGUCAAACAACUGUGAUUGGACCACCUGGUGAGCCAAUAUGGAAUCAGGAUUUUCAUUUGCUUGUAGCGAACCAUAGGAAACAAAAAUUAUACAUCCAAGUAAAGGAUUCUUUUGGCUUCACAGAUAUGACAAUCGGUACAGGAGAGGUUGAUCUGGGUUCUCUUCAAGACACUGUACCAACAGAUAGAAUUGUGGUUUUGCAAGGAGGUUGGGGAUUGUUUGGAAGGGGGUCUUCCGGAGAGUUAUUACUUCGACUGACAUAUAAAGCAUAUGUCGAGGAUGAAGAAGAUGACACAGUUGGAGCAGAAUCCAUUGAUACAGAUGCAUCAGAUGAUGAAUUGUCUGAUUCUGAUGAUUUAAACGCUUCUUAUGAACGAGGUGAAAGAGAUUUUUCAAAUGAAACUGACAAGGAGUCAUUUAUGGAUGUUCUAGCUGCUUUAAUUGUGAGUGAGGAAUUUCAAGGAAUAGUUACAUCUGAAACUGGAUAUAACAAAAUUUUUGAUGAUGCCUCAAGUACUGGGUCUACGAUGUUGAGAUCACGUGGUCCUAAUGCUGAAUCUGUGACAUCAGAUUUGGAUGCGGCUUCUGGAGGGUCAUCCUUAUUUUGGCUUGCUGUAGCAACAAGUAUAUUAGUGCUAAUUGCUAUCAAUAUGGGUGGCUCAAGCUUCUUCAACCCUUGAAUUGAACUGCCAGAGCUUGUUUCUUGCACGUUUUUUUGACCAAGCUUGGUAAUACUACAAACUCCAUACUUAUAAGAGAUGGCUCACAUACUGGAUUCUAUUUUUUGUUGUUGCCAGUGUUCAACAUAGUGAUUUAAAUUUCUAGUAGAAGAAUGUAUUAUUGGCGGCAGGGAUUCUUUGGGAUUGGAUUCCACAUACAUCAAAGUUCUGAAGGGUAGGAAUUUUAAGCUUCCUUUUAUCCAAUUCAUUAAAGGUGUAUUUUUCAUAUGAAACAGGUCUAUUAAUAAUUUAAAAAUUUUUGCCCCUUACAAACGGAAGAAAGCAUUGACCGUGGAUUGGGGCACAGGUUAUCACAUUAACUGUGGAGCAAUGCUUUAGUAGUUUUGGAGGUACUUUUAUCAUUCUUAUUUGCCAUUAAAAAUCAGAAGGCCUAUAAGAUUUUUUUUUUUUCCUUUGUCUA